AUGUCUGCAUCCGAUGGCCAGGGAAUGCGGGCAGUGAUUCUGGUCGGCGGCUUUGGCACUCGGCUCCGUCCGCUGACGCUGACGACGCCGAAACCCCUCGUCCCAUUUUGCAACAAGCCGAUGAUCAUUCACCAAAUUGAGGCAUUGAAGGCGGUCGGUGUGACCGAGGUGAUUCUGGCUGUGGCGUACCGGCCGGAGGCGAUGAAGGAGCAGAUGGACGAGUGGUCACGGAAGCUUGGUGUUUCCUUCGUGUUCUCCGUCGAAGAGGAUCCGCUCGGCACGGCCGGCCCGCUUGCCCUCGCGCGCGAUAUCCUGAUGCAGGAUGACAAGCCGUUUUUUGUACUCAACUCCGAUGUCACUUGCAUGUUUCCGUUGCAGGAGCUGUUGGACUUCCACAAGGCGCGCGGCGGCGAGGGCACCAUCAUGGUCUCGCAGGUGACGCAGUGGGAGAAGUACGGUGUCGUCGUCUACUCGCAGCAGAGUUACCAGAUCGAGCGCUUUGUGGAGAAGCCGAGCAGUUUUCUUGGGGACCGAGUCAACGCCGGAAUUUAUAUCUUCAACAAGAGCAUCCUGGACCGCAUUCCUCCCUGCCGAACGUCCAUCGAGAAGGAGAUCUUCCCUGCGAUGGCUGCGGAGGGGGAGCUCUACGCAUUCAACCUGGAGGGCUUCUGGAUGGAUGUUGGCCAGCCCAAGGACUACAUCCUUGGCAUGACCAAGUUCAUUCCGUCUUUGCUUGAUGGUGACCGGAAAACGGAGCAGUUGCACACGGAGGCCACGGAACACCAGCAUGGCGGCCGCUUCACCGUGGUCGGCGCCUCUUUGAUUGACCCUUCCGCAAAGAUCGGCGAUGGCGCCGUGAUUGGCCCCUGCGCUUCGAUUGGCGCCAACUGCGUUAUUGGAGAGUCGUGCCGCAUCGAUAAUGCUGCGAUCUUGGAGAACUCCAAGGUCGGAAAGGGCACAAUGGUGUCUCGCAGCAUCGUGGGCUGGAACAACCGUAUCGGCAGCUGGUGCCACAUCGAGGACAUAUCUGUGCUCGGCGAUGACGUGGAGGUCAAGGAUGGCGUGGUUCUCAUUGGCACCAAGGUCCUCCCCAACAAGGAUGUCGGCGAGCACCACUUCCAGGCUGGGGUCAUCAUGUAA